AUGAGGCGGGCGUCGGAGCGGGAGGAUCGAGACAAGGAGGACGCCCACCGGAGGCAGGAGCACGACGACUACCAGAAGCGCUACAACACAGCCGCGAGGAAGUGGGUGUCGUCCAUCAUCGCGCUGCCCAUCCUUCUGGUGACGAGCUACUACCUCUUUGACCGAUUGGCGCUUGGGCACGCCCAGAAAGUGAUGCCGAAGAAACCAGUGGCCGAGUCACUCGACGACAAAAAAGCAUGA